GUCAUUCCAGAGAAGUUAAUUGAAGUUGAAGCUGGAGGUGUUGUAGUUGUUAAAGAACAUGCAAGGGCUAAGAUGAAGAAGUCAAGGCAACCACCGGCAAGGAAACUAAUAAUGCAAAGAACUACAAGGUUUGCUGCCGAAAAAAGAAAAGAGCAAAGCAAUAGCAUGAAGAUGUUUUCUAUGCUAGUUGACAAAUGCCUAGGAGAUGGGUACAUGGUCGAACAUGAUGCAGAAGUAUUCGGGUUUGCAACUAAAUCUAUUUUCAAUAAGGAUGUGUGCGGCCUUGUAAUCAACUUUGAGCAGGUGAACAAUUCUGUUGUAGAAAUCUGGUCUAGGCACUUGCAUGAGAAGAUGCUUCAAGAUGGAGGUAAUAUGCCAGUCCAAUUUGGCACGUCUGCUGCAGUACCAGUGCCAUUGAAAUCCUCAGAUGAGUCCAUUACAAGGAGGUCUCGAUAUAUAGCAGAUCUUUUGGCUGUUGGUUUGCUUGGGCAAAUCACGCUAAUCCCUUAUAAUACAUGCAAUCAUUGGGUGUUAGUAGCUAUUGAUAUUACGGCAUGGACAGUGUACUAUUUGGACUCAAUUGGAGAGAAGCCAUCAGAAGAUCUGUCACUAAUUGUGAACCAGGGAGUGAAAAUUCAUCAUGCCUCUGUUUCUAAGAAGAGGUUAUCUCUGAAUUGGGUAACAGUCAUGUGCCCUAAGCAAACUGGUUCUAUGGAAUGUGGAUACUUCUUGAUGAAGUACAUGAGUGACAUUGUUUGUGAUGUUAACGUCCUGAAAAAGAAUUUCUCAACAAUAAAGGACUACUCUGAACAAGACAUCUUGCAAGUGCGGGAGGAGUGGGCAGCAUAUGCAACAAAAUUGGUCCUAAAAUGCGGUUGAGUUGAAUGAUGGUCUGGUGAUGAUCAAUUCUUGUACUUUUGGUGUGAAGGAAUAUAUCAAGGAACACUCUAUUUUGGCUGUUACAUGUAACAACUUUAUGUUGGAUUGUAGGUUCAUGUUUUGUGGAAUGUAAAACUAUUAUGCAUGCCCCGGUUAAUUGUGGCGUCAUUUUUGCUCGAAACUGAAAACAUGCGCCCAUUUUGUUGUGGAAGUUGUAACCUAGCAUGAAGAAUUAACAAUGAUGACUUAACACUAUUAUUAGAUGAGAUGUAUUUAAAGUUGGUUGCGUUUUUUGCAUUACAUCUUUUAGUGUAUUGCUUGAAAUCUG